GUUCAUCCUUAAGGCUUGUCUCUUUGAAAAUCUAGAAAUUGUAGUAAACAUGGCACAGCCUGGGGAUGCCAUGAACAAGCGGGAGGCUGCUGAAGCGCUGGAUUCCCUAUUACUCAUGGACGAAGUCUGGGAUGAGAGCGACAUUGGUUCGGCGAAAGACUGGCCAGAGUCCCUGCAGUCGAUGGCGCCUUUCAUCUUCACCCUUUCGCAUCCAGCCGCCAUCUUCUGGGGCGACAAGCUCGUCAUGAUCUACAAUGAAGCCUGGGAAGCAACAGCACACAAUUCAAUGAAACAAGGGAAACCGCCGAACGACGCCUUCUCCGAGGACACGACCAAAGCUCUACGUGAAUAUUGUCAAGGUCGGAUACCGCGAGCUAUCGCCCCCUCAGAACUGUCAGAUCAUCAUCCCAAAGGCUCAGAACCAUGUCCGAUCGUAUGCAGCCCGAUACACGAGGGGGAAAAGGCGUCAGGAGUCCUGGUGCAAAUCUUCAGCAAGACACACUCGAAACCAGGUACCGGACAAGGAAGAGCCGUAUCCAAAGAGGAUGGAAGUCGAAAACAGUCAUCGGGCGAGAACAUGGAGAAAUACGUGGACCACGAGGAAACUGCCCUAGACAGACAGCCGUUCUUCCAGAAGUUUGCAGAGAUGCUGCCUACUGGUCUUGCCAUUCUCAACCACAAAGCAGACCCGCUGUUCGUUAAUGGCCAAUUCUAUAAUUUGACUGCCCAUCGUGGUCCAGAUCACUCUUUUAGGAUGUGGCCUGAGACCAUCCAUCCAGACGAUUACGAGAGAGUCAUGUCCGAAUAUCACACUGCAUUUGAGUCGCAGACAGAGCUGGAGACGGAAUUCAGAGCCUUUGGUGAAAACCAAUGGAGACUGUUCUUGAUGCGACCACUUGGAAAGAACAACCUCCAGCAAUUCACGCUGAGACAGUUUGGUGGCUAUAUCUGUGCUUUGAUCGAUGUAUCAGACAUGAAGAACGCCGAGCUUGCCCAAACAAGAGUCGCCAAAGAAGCGAAAGAAAGAAAACAGCAACAGGAGCGUUUUAUUGACAUGAUCUCACACGAAAUCCGCAAUCCUCUCUCUGCCGUGCUACACUGUGCAGAGGACAUUCUGGACGCUGUGCAGGAUGGAGAAGCCAAGUCGGAUAACAUUGCUGUGGACGAUAUUGUUGAAGCAGUCCAUACCAUUCAACUAUGCGUGGAUCACCAGAAAAAUCUUGUCGACGAUGUUCUUUCUUUCUCAAAACUCGACGCUUCUAUGCUCUCACUCGCCCCCAGAGCAACGAAACCAAAGACCCAAAUGGCAGAUACACUUAAAAUCUUCCAACCAGAACUGCGCAAACAGAAAGUCGAGUUUGGCUAUACUGUCAAACCUGAAUAUGACAAUUGCAACGUGGACUGGGUCAUGGCAGAUCUUGUAAGAAUCAGCCAAGUCAUUGUCAACCUCAUGACAAAUGCCAUCAAAUUUACGACACGGUCAACUCGCAAGAAGAAGAUCAACAUUGAAGUAGCUGCAUCUCUAGAAAGACCGACGUCAUAUCCACCAGAUGUGGUCUUCUUCAAGACCGAUGAACUUGGCCUCAAGACCGACGCUACUGGAAACCCUGAAUGGGGCGACGGAGAACCACUCUACAUCAUGGUUGCAGUAAAGGACACAGGUAUAGGAAUAAGCGAAGAGAACCAAUCGAAACUGUUCGAACGUUUCCAACAAGCCACACCAAAGACAGGUCAGAUGUACGGCGGGUCUGGACUGGGCCUUAAUAUCUCUCGCAAAAUGUGUCAACUGCACGGUGGAGAGAUUGGUGUUUCCUCGGUCGAGGGAGAGGGAUCUACCUUUGGAUUCUUUUUCAGGGUCCGACGGGGAGGUGAGCCAGAGGACGCCGAGAAACUGGAACCAAAGGAGCUCUCUGAAAGGCUGAAAAAGAAUACUCGUAUGGACACUGAGGAGGUAGAAGAGGAUAAGGUUCCUGACGACUUGAAAAACAUAUCCAAAGAUAACACCGGAACGAACGACGACGACCCACCGAAAGAUCGAUGGCAGCACACAGCGGAUAUGGCAGACCAAAUGAGCGAAAAGCAUAAAGACUGCAAGCCUGCCGGUGACCAAGGCGAGAAGUCACACUCCAGGGCCCAAGACGACGAAUCUCAAAGACGACAAAAGAGACCAGCAAAUGCGGGCCGAAGCUCACAACGACCGGAUCCGACAUUCGAGGAACGGAAGUCAGCCCCAUCCGAAAACAAGGACAGCAAAGACAUCGAGUCUGGGAAACAUGACAAGAAGAAGUCUGUCGACAUCUCAAACACAGAAAGUGAUUCCAAGCCUACUAUACUCUUUGUCGAGGACAACCUGAUCAACCAGAAACUGCUGAAGAAGAAGAUUGAGGCCAAAGGCUAUCAAGUUACUACCGCAGAAAACGGAAAAGAGGCGCUUGAUAUAAUCACAGCACGUUCUUCGGCACAGCAGCCCCCGUUCGACUGUGUACUCAUGGAUCAAGAGAUGCCAGUCAUGGAUGGCCAGACUGCGUCCAGAGAAAUCAGAAAGUUCGAGGGGGACAAUGACUUGCCAAACGUCAAUAUCAUUGGUGUUACGGCGAACGUCAGGGAAGAGCAGCAGACGGCCAUGACUGAUGCUGGAAUGAACGAUGUUAUUGCUAAGCCAUUUAAGAUGGAGGACUUGCUGGAGAAGGUUAGGAGAGGCAGCAAGUGAUGAUGAUGAACAUUUUGCAUGAUCUUGCAUGAGCAAACGGAAUGGGAAGGAUUGGGAAGGAAAAUCAGCAUUGGAAUUUCUUCUACUAUUGCAUAGUAUGAAGUUGUGUAUCAACAUUAUGAGUUACGACAGUAUCAAAUCCAGAGCUUAGGAU